UGCCGACGCCAUCUUGAAAUAGAAAGUUUUCUGGAAAUUGCCAGUUAUUUUUUCCUUCAUUUUGAGAUUUUUCGUAAAUGUUGAAUUACAUAUACCCGAAUAACGCAGGCAAUAAAUAGAAACAUUUUACGAAAUCUACAUUCUCACAUACGUAUCUUUUUUAUUUUUCUGUUGUGACGUCACAUCAAAAAUGUCGACGGACGAAGUGGAGGAGUUGACAUCCGAAGAAAGAUUGAUGCAGGCUCAUAAAAGAGAAAGAAAAGAAUUACAAGGAUCUGAUACAGAAUGGAAAAUAUUGAGUUACCAGGAAUUUGAAAAGCGAUAUAAUAAAACAAUUUCUAUUUCUUUCAACUUGAAUGAAGUGUGCUCAACUGCUGUGACACAAUAUUUAAGAACUCAUGCUAUAUCUCUAGGAUGUAGUGAAAAAUGUUUAUUAUUUCCUCUUCUCUCUUGUUGUGCUGCAUGUAUGGGAAGUGAAGCAAUUAUUGAAGUAACUUCUGAAUGGAAAGAAUCUCCUGUUUUGUGGACAUUAGUGAUUUCUCCAGUUACACUUAAAAGAGUGAAUAUCAUUGAAGUUUUGAAACAUCAGUUAUUGGAAGUAUGGAAUGAAUUGAAUAAUGUGUCGUCUUCAGACACAUCAGAAAAAAUGAUUCCACAGUUUAUGUUUGAAUUUUUUGAUAUAGAUGGAUUGUAUGAAUUACUAAAACAAAACAAAGGUCAUGGCUUUGGGAUGUACACAAAUAUUGAAAUUCUUCAAAAACAGGUGACAUCUUCAAUAGAAAAAGAAAUACUUUUAAAACUAAAUAAUGCAUUACCAUGGAUAUUAAAUAAGAAGUCAAUAAGUGGUAUAAUUAAAAAUACAUGUGUUAAUGUAACAGCUUUUUCUGAACCUGAUAAAUUAUUUACUCUUAUUUCUAGAGAUAACGAGUUUGCACAGUUUCUUCAAAAUUGUUUUAUCAUCAUUUGCAGUGAAGAAAAGCAAUUUAGUUUUAAACAUUUAUUAUUAGGUAGUUGUAAAGAUUUUAAAAAGUUAUUUAAGGAUAUUUUUACUCUUCACAAAAAUUCAAAAAUUACUUAUAAAUUUACUCUAGAAGCUCUUAAUACUUUCUAUAGAGUACAGAAAGAAUUAAUGGAAACAAUAAGAAUGCAUCAGUGGAACAUAAGAAAACUUCAAUUUUUCUCUUCAAGUUUAUUAAUUCGUCUGGCUUGUAUAUUACAUGUUUUAGAUAAUAUUGUAGAAGCUGUAAUUUGGAAUCAGUCAGUGGAUAUUUUUACUUGGAAUAAUGAAAUUUCUGUUGAAGCAAUUUUACAUGCAAAAUAUUUACUCUGUUUCAUACUUCUAAAUCAUGCAAUGAUAACUGAACCUUAUACCAGAAAUAUGGUAUUUAUUAAAAAUAUAAUUCAAUCAAUGUCUGAAGAGAGAAGAGACAUUUCUUCAACAAUAUCAAAUGCACAUAAAAAUGCAAAUUAUUCUAGAACUGAUGCUAAUGGUGUACAAAAUGUUAGUGCAGUCCCUUGUGCAUCAUCAAUUACUCAUGAUAAACUCACAACCAACAUUAAUGAACCUUUUGUAGUGACACCUGGUAUUCCUUUGUCAACAUUAAGAAAUGAUAGUUCUCUUAGUGAUAUACACAAAAAUGUAACUUCCAUUUCAAAUUCCAGUGUUCUUCAGAGUUUGUUAAUUUCAAAAACAUCUAAUGAAAAAGAUGCUUCAAUAUCAAAACCUUCAAAUUCUCAAAUAGGCCUAUCAUCUGAAAAAAUUGCAGAUGUUUUAAAAAAAUAUACAUACUCUUCAGAUAUUAAAGAAUUCAUAAAAGAGUAUCAAAAUGAAAUUAAAGACUUUUUAAUUUGUCCAGAACGUGACUUGACUUUGCAACUUGUUACACAAAAGAAAUUUUUUCAUGAUCCACAGUCAUCUGGCGAAGAUCUAAAUAAAGGUUAUACAAUUAGUUUUACACGUAAUUGUCUUUCAAAAUUGGAGCAGAUGGGUUUUGGAACAUAUACGAACCUUGGUGAAAGAAUUCGUAGAUACACUUUUGUGAAAACACCUUACUCACAGUUAAAAGCAGAAUGUAAAAAAUUUUUAUCAGAUUUUAAUAUUAAUGAAAAAGACUAUGAUACCUGUUUUGAAAGUGAUUCAGCAACCACAUCUCAAAAUAUAACCAAUGAUUCUGCAAUUCAUUCAACAGAUCAAAAGAAGGAAACUACUGAAGAUGUUGUUAUUUUGGAUUGAAUUUUAUUAAACAUUUUAAUAAUUAAAAAGUUGUUAUAUAUUUAUUUGUGUUUUAGAAAUUUGAUCUAUAGUAAUAUUGUACAAUAAAGUAUUGGAUGUAGGAGAAUGUAUCAUUCCAAGAAUAAAUGUUUAAUAAAUGUCUAGUAGUAGUAAAAUUACUCUAAUGGUGUGGAAAAUAUCCAAAAUGUAUCAAAAUUAGUUUAACUUCAUAUGGAAAGGUAUAAGUGUUUUCCUAUUAGAUCAAUUUGAUCUUUAUAUAUACAUAUAUAUAUUAAACAUUAUUAUAUAUAUAUGUUAAAAAUAAAUAUCAUAUACCUAGUCAGUAUUCAUUAUUAUUCUUUUUAUUCCUUUCAUAUUGAGUAAAUUUCACUCUGUAUAACAAUAAGCAACUUAACAUCAUCUGUACUCUGUCCAGCAUAAAACUUUAAUGGGACAAAUUUUUUCAGCCUCUUUAAGGGACCUGCCUCAGAUUUUCAAACCAUUUUAAAAUUGAAUGUUAUACAGAAUAUUUCAAACUAGAUUCCAGAGGCAGGCCUGGCCCUUAAAGAGGCUGAAAACAUUUGCCCAUUAAAGUUUUUUGCUGGAAAGAGUAUGGAAGGUGUUGAGUUGCAUAUUGUUAGUGUUCCAGCUUCUCAAGAGUAUAUUUGAGUGCAUUUUUAUACUCUUUUUAUAAACAUUGUUAAUUUGUUUUAGUUAAUGUUUAACUUAAAAUAAAAGUAAAAUUAUUUUUAAUUAAUUGUUUAAUCAUAUAUUGGUAUUUCUGAAAAAUGCUUGAAAUUUUGCAUUAUUGAAUGUAAUAAUUUAUAAUUUCUAAUAUUCAGAUGUAAAAAGCAUAAAAUAAAUCUAUUUAGUGAGAUCAAGUGGCUUUUAAAUUCAACAACAAUUAUAAUACAUUGGAGUCUGAAUAGAUUUCAUGGGAAAUUUUUUAGCAAUUAUAUUCAGUGCAUGAAAUUUAUAUUUUAUUAUUUAAAUUAUGUUUUAUUCCUUAAUUUUCCUAAUUUUCUAAGCUUCUGUAUUUCCUCAGGAAGUGAUACAGGAAGUGAUUUAUUAUGAUCUUAAUUUGUAAUAAUCUGUUGUUUUAAUAUGAUCAAACAUCUGGUUUGAUAUUUACAUGUUUAAUGUAUUUUAAUUGUUUAAAUAAAGUAAUCUAACCAAAAUUAUAUUCUGGUUGUUUUUUGUAAUUAAAAAAAACUAGAAAGGCUUUAACUUUUAUAAUAAUAA